CCCUGAUGAGAUUUGCCAGUGCACAUACUCAUGUGAAGAUGGUUAUGAUCAAAAUUGCCAAUGAAGGAAAACCUGCUAAAGAGUGAGAAGGAAAAUUAAGUGAUAAAAAGAGAGGCAAAUAGAAAAGCAAAAAGGUGUAUUUUGAUAGAGGGAUUAGGAUCCUUCCACAACUGGAAAAAGGAGAAAUCGGAGUAAAGGAAUUUUUGACUCUGCGAGGAAUAGCUAAGGAGCAAGUACACCCAGAAUGUUAUAUUAUUGAAACAAAAGAUGGACUAGUUCAUAGCUGAAAUCAAAGAAAUAUCAUCCUAAAAAUCAUCACAAUCCAAAAUAUCAAAAGAAUGCAGCCAAGCCAUGGAAUAUUGCUGACGUGUAAAUAAAAUACUUUCUAAAUGUUUCAGUAAACGUUGACCUAAAUACAUCUCUGCCUUUUACGUUUAUUUGCAUUAAACUUGUAUAUAAACAAGAACUCGAAAAGCAUAACAUCGUGAGGGUCAGUUCACUGGGACUUUUUGAAGUGCUUGGAUGCAGAAGCAGGCAGGUUAAACUGAACGUCACGUCACCUGCAGUGUUAAUCAGGAGCAUUUCUCUUACGAAUUACGUAGCUAGGAGAAUUCCACAGACUAAUACAAACAUUGAAAAAAAACAACAUUUAUUUAAAAUGCAAAUCAGAUAGCGUGAUUAUACAGUAUACUGUCUGCUACGAAGAAGCAGCAAUUUGGCAAACUUGGAAUCGAGCCUCCAGAAGCACCUUAGCUGUCCCCAAGUCUGGGUGGGGAUCAAAAACUCCAUGAGACACCUUUGGGCGCCGCAGUUUAAUCACGAUUUGAGAUUCAGUCUGAGAACUACGUUGAAUAUACCUGCACUUUAAAAGUCAGCCUCACCUGGUAUUUACCGUCAUGUUUCUCCUUCAAGCUGUGAACACUGGCUUCAUGUUUAUCGUUUUGCAGACGGUAUUUCUAAGAUAUGGAGAAGCUAUAUUAGAAGUUCUUAAAAUUCAAAAUGGAGCCUUAUUCCACAAUAAUGACACAGAAGUUUUUCAAAGACAAAAAAGGGAAUGGAUUGCACCAUCAACUUCAAUAAAAGAAAAUGAAGAUUUUAAUAGUAAAAAUCCUCUUAUGAAAAUUAGGUCUGAUGUGCCCACUGUCAGCUACUACAAAAUUUCAGGAAAAGGAGCCACAGAGGCACCGUUCAACUUGUUUAUUGUUGAUAGAAAAACUGGUGAGAUCAACAUUACUCAAACUGUGGACAGAGAGGAAUGCUCUAAAUAUAAACUCAAAGGACAUGCAUAUGACAGUACCGGAAAAAUGGUUGAAAGUUCAAUAGACCUGGAGUUUUUUAUCGAUGAUGUGAAUGACAACAUUCCAUUUUUUCCCUUACCAUUACAUGCAGAAGUUCCUGAAUUGAGCAAACCAGGUACUGUUGUAUUAGUUCUUAAUGCAACAGAUGGUGAUGACCAAAACACAGCUAAUGCUCAGCUUGCUUAUCAAAUACUGAACAAGGUUCCUGAUGAUGGAGUAACUUUCUUCAUUGACAAUGAUAAAGUCAUUCUGGGUGGUUAUUCUCCUGAUAGGGAGGCAUGCGAUUUAUAUACCUUAAUUAUUCAAGUUAAAGAUCUGAAUGGAGCAGAAGGUUGCUUAUCUUCUUCAACUACCGCUCAAAUUAAGAUUCUGGAUGUCAAUGACAAUUUUCCUAUUCUAGAAAAAGAUAAUUAUGAAGGUACAGUUGAAGAGAACGCUGCAAAUGUGGAAGUCAUGAGAAUUAAAGUAUUGGAUGCAGACCUCAUAGGUUCAGACAACUGGUUAGCAGAUUUUCAAAUUGAAUCAGGCAAACAGGGUGAAUACUUUAUGAUAGAGAUGAAUGAAAGCAGCAAUGAAGGCAGAUUGAUUCUUAAAAGGGAAGUCGACUUUGAAGAAAUGCAGCUCCUUGAGCUUGCACUUAAUGUUAGAAACAAAGCUGAAUUCCAUGAAUCUGUUUCUUACCAAUACAAAAGUAAAUCAAUUCCAUUUAUAGUAAGAGUGAAAAAUAUUAAAGAGAGCUCAAGUUUUUCUCCAAAUAAAAUAGUACUCCAUGUUACUGAGGAGAAAGGUAAAUUGGACCUUAGAAAAGCUAUUGGCAGGUAUGCAGCCACCAACAAAGAAACUGGACAAAUUGCAAGUAAAGUCAGAUAUGCAAAAGGUUAUGAUCCAAACAACUGGCUGAUUGUUGAUUCAAACACUGCUGAAAUAAAACUUGCCAAAAUGCCUGAUCGAGAAUCUCCAUAUUUAACAAACAGCACCUACACAGCAACAAUAUUGGCAAUAACUGACGACAUGCCUGCAACAACCGCAACUGGAACUGUAGAAAUUGAAGUGAAAGAUUUCAAUGAUCACUGUCCAACUUUGAUUACCACUUCCACAAACUUAUGUAGAGAUGACAAAUCAUUUAUUGUCACAGCUGUAGAUGAAGACAUCGACCCCAAUAGUGCCCCAUUUACAUAUACGAUUAUUGAUGAACCCCAAGGGACAAAGCAGUGGACAAUCAAAAAGCACAAUGACACCAGUGCAUUGAUUAGAGUACAGGAGAAGCUUUGGCCUGGUAGAUAUGCCAUUAAACUUAUGAUCCAGGAUCAGCAAGGGAAGAGAUGUCAAGAAGAUCCAGUCUUAAAUGUUCAUGUUUGUACUUGUAAAAUCAAUAGGAGCUGCGCAGUAAUUGCAGCUGCAGUAAAAUCAAAAAGAGAAGGAAUUUCCAUGGGAUCCAGAGCUAAUGCCAUAAUGAUUUUAGGACUCUUAUUGCUGCUCAUUGUUCCUGUUCUGCUACUGACCUGUUCUUGUCGAUCUAAUUAUAAGACAGCAAUCGUUAAACACAUUUCAGGUCACUCUGAAGGAAACUUACUAACAUAUGCUUUGGAAGGAAUUGGCGAAGACAAGGAUAUUCUACUACUUCCUUCAGCAGAACUGAGAAAUGGUUCCAAUAACAUUAGCUCUACACAACUCCUAACCCACUCGAUUACAGAAAAAACAGAGUCUUUACGGUCUUCUGGCAGAAUGUUAAAUCCAUUUGGAGCUUUAAAUGGAGGAGCUACAAUUGAAGGACGAGGGCUCGGCCUUAGUAUCAAUAAAACUGGAGGAAGUGUUAAUCAUGAAAUAGCCAGAUGUUCAAAAGACAUUUUUGGGAAUAGAAGAAAAUUUGGUUGUGAACUUGUGGAAUCUGAAGACGAGUUCAAUGAUAUUGCUCUCCCUGAUGGCUUUCUGCAAAUGUACUACUUUCAGAAGGAGGAAUUUUAUUCAGAAGAGUGCCCUCUCCAGGUGGACAGCUUGCUGGAGUUCAGUAAUGAAGAUAAUGUCUCUGUUGUUUCAUCAAUUGAACUCUGUAGUGGUAUGGAUGAAAGACUGCAUGAUAGUUUUUUCAUUGAUUUGGAUUCCAAGUUUAAAAUACUUGCAGAAAUCUGCACUGUUGAAGAAAGUUAUGAUGCCUCCCACAAAAGGUCCAUGGUUAGAAGUGAGGAAAGCAGUGUGGAACAGACACCAUUAGCGCCAAGUAGCACACUGUUCUUAAAUCAGACAUGGUCUAGUGUUAAAGAGGAAAGGCAAACUCCUUCUCAAACUAUUUAUGAGAAUGGGUCUGUUACAGAGUAUCAUAGAACCAUCUCCUCUACAGAUUCUCCUUCACAUACAGAGAAAAAUCUAAUUGUGUCAGGAGCACCUUUAUGUAUCCCUCAGGUCAUGCCCUAUACCAAUGUUCCUAUUAUUAAAGUUACUCGAUAUGUUGAGCCACAGAUUCCACUAAAAAUGUGUAUUUCAGAUUGGAGUCCAACAAUUGUUCCUGGCGAUCAUGGAGCUUUAAGGCUGGGUGAAAUUCCUCAUCCUCAGAAUGUAUUCCAUACAGAGCGUAGAGUCAACUUGAGUCCACCCAUUCAAGGUGGUGUGAUUGGGAUAGAUUCUGAUCAUUUGUGCGUAAAUGAAAUUCCCAUUGUCCAGAAUGUUGUGCUGCAGGACCAAUCUGGAGUUCACAUGCAAGGUAGCUUAAAUGGAUUAAAGCAGGGAAUUUUAUGUAAGCAUGAAAUUCUUGCCACUAAUAUUCAGAAAGGUUUAGAACAAAGGACCUUAAAUGUGAGUGAAACUCAACACUUUCAGAAUGUCUCAAAGGUGGAAAAAAGAAAGCAAACAAUGAGUCAUUGUGCUGAAAACAAAGAAAAAAAGAUAUCAAACCAGAAGUUGUGUAAAGAAUAUAGUAGCAAAAGACACUGACUGCUGCAUAUGGACGAAACGCUCACUGAUAUGUCAUCUGAAUUACGUUGAUUUGAUCAAAUUUACAUUGUGUUCUUAUUAUAUUUAGUCUUGCUCAUGUAAUG